AUGGAGGUUUGGAAUAAAGCGGCUAUAGCCAAACAUGUUUGGCAUUUGUUUUCGGGUGGGGAUUGUUCUAUGUGGUGUCAAUGGGUUAAAUCCUACUUACUUAAGAGUAAGAGUUUUUGGGGUAUUAAGAUGCCUAGUGAUCCAUCCUGGGUUUGGAGGAAACUUUUAUCGCUUAGGGAUUUAAUCUUCCCUAUUAUCAAAUUCAAACUUGGUAAUGGUGAAAAUGUGUUCCUCUGGCAUGAUAACUGGCACCCCUUUGGUUCGCUCUUGCUUCGGUAUGGUCCUAGGAUUUUGUAUGAUACCAACCUUCCUGACAACUCUAAGGUUAGUUCAAUUAUCUCAAAUGAUUCUUGGAACUGGCCUUUUCCUAAUUCUUGGGAGAUACAGGAAUGGAUUGCUGCCACUCCUCCUUCUCUUAAACCUUCCCUUGAUUCCCCUGAUGUUCCUGUGUGGAGUUUGUCUGCUGAUGGCUCCUUUUCUAUACACUCUGCUUGGGAAUGUUGGAGGGACAAGGGCCCCGAGGUUACUUGGUCUAAUCUCAUUUGGGGUCCUCCUGUUAUCCCUAGGGUUAGUUUCAUUGUGUGGAUGGCUAUCCAUGAGAGACUUAACACUGGGGAUAGACUCCAAAUCUUUGGUCUUCUUACGAGCCCUAGCUGCCCUUUAUGUUGUGCUCCUGAGGAAAACCAUUCCCAUCUGUUCUUUAGGUGUCACUACUCCUCUAGGAUUUGGGCUGUUAUCCAAGCUAAGUGUAAUUCCCACUGGCCUUCUUUGCCCUGGUUGGAACUUGUUGAGUUUGUUACUAAAUCCAUCAAUGGUAAAUCUCUGAAAUCUGUGAUUAUGAAACUCUCUUUUCUCUGCACUAUCUACCACAUUUGA